AUGAGCCGGGAGUUGUUUCUACGCAUUGUCAAUGCGCUAGAAGUCGAUCCUUACUUCCAACAACGUCCGGAUGCUGUUGGCCGGGUGGGCUUCUCCCCGAUCCAGAAGUGCACUGCCGCUAUUCGACAAUUGGCAUACGGCAAUUCUGCUGAUUGUUGUGAUGAAUAUCUCCGUAUAGGAGAAACGACGGCGUUGGAAUGCUUGAAGAAAUUCUGCAAGGCCGUCGUUCGUAUCUUUGGCGGCACGUAUUUGAGGCGGCCAACAACUGCCGAUGUGCAACGCAUCACUGCAAUGCAUGAAGCCCGCCAUGGGUUCCCGGGAAUGUUGGGGAGCCUAGACUGCAUGCAUUGGGGAUGGAAGAGCUUCCAGUUUCCGAACGAUGAGAAGAAGCGGAGGUUCAAGGUGAUGCAAGAAGCUGCAAGGAAGGAUGUGGAACGAGCUUUCGGUGUUCUUCAGGCUCGGUGGGGUGGAAAUGCAAGUAAUUUUGACGGUGACGACGGCGAGGGACCAAGUUCUACUCCUCAAACACAAUUCAAUUCCGGAGCACCACCGGAGUUCGCCGCCUAUUUGGCACGGAAUGCAAGCUUGAAGGAUGCACGAUUGCAUGCUCGCCUCCGCGACGAUUUGGUUGAGCAUAUAUGGGCACGCUUUGGUCCGGUUGACCCGUAG